ACGAUGCCAGAGCCCCGUGUCUCAGGAUAGCGAGAGGAUGUCUGUGUUGGAUGCUCGCACUCCACAGCCGGGCUGACUUUGUCCGUGACAUCACAUCACAAAGCUUUCUCCCCACAAUGUGUCAGCCCUGCUCCGUCUCUGCAGAAUUCUAGAGGGGUUAUUACUACAGCUACAACAGCAGCAGCGGAUCCUCUCGUCUCUCGCCUCCUCCUCGCAAGCUCUCGGCAGUGUGGACAAGAGGCAGCGAUGAACCUCCCGUGCCUGUGUUACAUCCUCUCGUCUCUCUUCGCCGCGGCGCUGGCUGCAAGCUCCAGACGGGGUUACGAUGAUCUGGAACGGAAGCUCAAAAAGAUUUCAACGGAAAAAAGCAGCUUCCUUCAGCAACUCUCCAAAUCAACGCCAGACCGACAAGGAAUGAAGGGAAGCCUCCAGUCCUUGAAAACGGAUGGGACGGUUACCAAAAACGACGUGCAGGAACUACUGGAGAUAAGCCAGAAGCAGAAAGAUGAAAUGAAAUCUCUCCAGGAGGCCCUUGAGAAGGAGAUCAACGAGGCCACGUUGAAAGCAGAGAAGCAGCAGGCUGGGAUCAACUUCUUAAAGUCUGAGGUGGAAAGGAAGAGCAAGCUGAUAAAAGAUUUACAGCAAGAGAAUAAAAGUCUGAAAAACAAACUUCUCUCCGGGAACAAGCAGUGUGGUAUCCAUGCUGAGGAGUCCAAGAGGAUCCAGUCACAACUUAAGGAGCUACGCUAUGGGAAGAAGGAUUUGAUUUUUAAGCUUCUUGUGAGUGGAUUUAUGAACCUGGUUGAGUCCUUCAACCUGCCUCUACUCACCACUGGACCCACGCACAAGCUUGGCCAUACACUAGACCUAGUGCCUUUGUCUGGUCUCCCAACUUGUAACACAGAUAUUAUUGAUGCCUGCGUGUCUGAUCAUAGUGCUAUUAUAUUUGAUAUAUCUCUGCCUUUCUCUCCCUCUAAAUCCCAUCUCCCUGCUCGCAACUCCCACUACGUUAAUUCCACGACGGCCAGUAAGUUCUCUGAGGCUCUCAUAGCCGCCCCCGACAUCUGCACCAUCGAUGGCGCCUCCCCUCCGUCUCAGUACUGA